CAUACGUGAUUUGAAAUCGAUUCUAAUUGGACGUCAACACAAAGCUUUCGCGACAACAACAUAUUUUGAAUUCGUCUGGUUUUCGCGGAGAUAACGCGUUUAUAACGAGUUAUAAACACCGACAACUUGCAGUGCAUGCAAUAUUUAAAUCCACAUAUCGAACGUGAAAGUGCAGACUUUCUCAAUUUCUACAUUUCAAAGUUUCACAGCUAGUGUACUAGGUGUUGGAUGGCUAAAAAUACAAAUUCGCGGUAAAACAGUCGUCGUUUAAUAUUAUUGUUAGUCAUCGUUACUUAAUACACAUUAAUAAUGGAGUUGUUUGGAAUCCACUGGGCUCCAUUGAAUGUCCCACUGCAACGAAGGUUGCAAACCCUCGCAGCGGGAUGUUGGUUCGUGAUAAUGGCAUUCGGUGGAUUCAUGAUGUGGAUUCUCACUGCAUAUCUAAUAUUUUUCACAUCAUACUGGUGGUUGACACUGAUAUACAUCCUCUGGAUUAAAACCCUUGACAAAGACACAUGUGAAGAAGGCGGGCGUAAAUCCGAAUGGGUGCGAAGUUGGACAUGGUGGCGUUAUUUCCGUGACUAUUUCCCAGUGAAAUUGGAACGCGUGUCGUUCAUGGACCUUGAUCCAAAACGUAAUUAUUUGUUUUGUUGUUUUCCACACGGCAUGCUGUGCACGGGGCCGUUCGUGGCAUUCGGAACCAAUUACGGAGGCUUCAAAGAGUUUUUCCCCAAUCACAAACGUAUGAUAAUGACACUUGGUCAACACUUUGAUGCGCCAUUUUUUCGUGAGAUGGUUUUCGGCCUUGGUGGUUGUAAAGCUUCAGCCAAGAGUAUUGAACACGUGUUGGAUGAGCCACACGGUGGUAAUAUUGGUAUUCUGAUGGUGGGUGGUGCUACGGAAGCCUUUUAUUGUCGGCCUGGACAGUAUAAAAUUAUACUGAAUAAACGCAAGGGUUUUAUCAAAUGCGCGUUGAAAUCCGGAAGCCCCCUGGUGCCUGUGUUUUCGUUUGGUGAGACUGAUGUGUUUGAUCAGGUUGACAAUCCAGAGGGAUCAUGGGUACGCUCACUGCAGGAAUGGCUGAAGAAUUAUAUUGGUAUUGCUCCGGCUAUUCCAGUUGGUCGAGGGUUUUUCCAAUAUAAUUUUGGGUUGGUCCCCAGGCGUAGACCGGUAACAACAGUUGUGGGACGACCAAUGGAAAUCCCAAAAAUCCAAAAUCCAACUCCCGAGCAAGUUGAUGAAAUCCACGCGAAAUUUAAACAGUGCCUGAUUGAUUUGUUCGAAGAACAAAAACGCACUUACUUGAAAGAUGCCGAGAACGUCAAGUUGGAAAUCUUGUAGUCCUCCUCAUCGGACGUUAUUAAAGGUGUAUAUAUAAUUUUGUAUUGUUAUCGUACGAUUAUUCAUUUAUAGUAUAUUAAGUGUUAUACAACUGGAUUCCACAUUAAGCAUUGAUGAUCACGAGGAGUAAUAAGAUUACGGGUAUGAUUAAAGCAAAUGAUACGAAGACGUUGCGAAUAAUCUAUAAAAUGGUUUUAUACAUAAAUUUGAAGAGCUAUUAAUAUA